CUUAAUCCGCAAUAACCAAUGUAUAUUCCGUGGGUCGGUGUACGUGAUUAGUAAGGUUUUAGCAUAAAAAGAGAAUGGAUUUAAGUAACCUGCGAGCGGAAUAUAAUGAGAAAACGAAUGUGUUACUCGAAGAACAGAUUAAGGUCAAAGAUCCUAUUGUCCUAUUCGAUGAGUGGUUUAAGGAAGUGCAGCACGAUUCCAGGACCGUAGAGCCGAACGCGGUAUGUUUAGCGACGUGUACAAAAAGCGGAGCCCCUUCGUGCCGUUUUGUUCUGCUGAAAGGGUACGGAAAAGAGGGUUUCCGUUUUUUUACCCAUUAUACAAGUCGUAAAGGAAAGGAGUUGGAAGAAAAUCCCCGAGCUGCCCUUACAUUUUACUGGGACCACUUUAAUCGAUCCGUGAGGGUCGAAGGGGACGUUGAAAAGUUGCCCAUCGCCGUUGCUGACGAGUACUUUGAGAAGAGACCCUUUCAGAGUCAGAUUGGUGCUUUGUGCAGUGACCAAAGCAAGCCGGUGGCCGGUAGACACAGUCUGGUGGAAAAGGAAAAUUACUUGAAAAAGAAAUAUUCAGAUGGGGGUGUGCCGAGGCCGCCGCAGUGGGGAGGAUACCUGGUAAAACCAAAGGUAGUGGAGUUCUGGCAGGGGCAAACAGACAGACUACAUGACAGGAUAAGGUUUCGCUUUCCAAAUGACAAUGAACCGGACGGAAUCUUAACGAAACCCGGCGAAAAUGGAUGGAUUUAUGAACGACUGUAUCCCUAAUUAAGUCGUCAAAAUAUCUGUAAUAUUUGUUUUAGUUGUCAUAUCUGUUAGGUUAGGCUUAUCACAAAUUGUAUACAAUACCUGCAUUUAUUAUGGUAUAUAACGUUAUUUUUUUAAUAAAAUUGAGGUUUAACCAUACAUAUCUUUUCGGUAACCCAAAACAA